AGAGUGGUAAAAGUGACGUGAGAGUCAUACGCAUGUGGGGGAAGUUGUGGGGUGUUUUUUCUCACCGUUGCGGGGAACUGCAACAGGUGUUAAAUACUAGAGGGUUUAAUUAAAUAUCACUUUGACAGAAGCCAAGAAGUCAGGCUUUUGAUCUCUCAAACAUUAUGGAUAUUCUGGGUUCACUACUAAUCAUUUUGCUGGGUACCAUCACAGGGACCAGGGCAGAUGUCCAUCCAAUAGACAAAUAUGGGUUGAAGGGCGGUGCGGUGUGUUUGACAGUUAGAGAAAACCCUCUUCAAGAGAUGGCGAUGAAAUGGAUGACUGAUAGUAAUGUAAUAGCUGUGAAGGAAAAAGUUUCUCCUCGAUACAAGGAGAGGGUCGAUUAUAACUCCACAGACCACUCUCUUUGUCUCAGGAAACUGGAACAAACAGAUACUGGAAUCUACAUUGCAUAUAAUGUUGAGAUAUGGAAGGAGACACAAAUGGUCAAAUACAAUUUGAUGGUCCAAGAAGCUGUUUCCAUACCAGUCAUGGAGGUGGUGUCGCUCUCCUCCAACUAUAGUGAUGGAAUGUGUGACGUCACAGUGAACUGUUCAGUUACAGGUGUGUGGGUAUUGUCUGUCUGUGAUGGAGGUCAGUGCACACUGUCACAGCAGUCUCUUUCACACACCAGAGUCAACAUCAUCAUCUCCAAUGACAACGGGACUAUCCAGUGCACUGGCAAAAAUAACUUCAGUGCAGAGACCAACUCACAACGCAUGGAGGACAUAUGUAAAGGUGAGAAGAAGGGGAGAGCUUCAACAUUACCAGUUGGGACCAUUAUGGGCAGUGUUACUGCUCUUGUCUUCUUUGUUGGUGUGUUAUUUGGUGUAGGAUACAUCAUAUUAACCAGAAGACGGCAAUCCCCUAAAGAUCAGCAGUCAAUGCAGGUCGUUAUUACAGAAGUUGACAACACAGUGGCCGCUAUACCAGGAAGACCAGAACUACCAAACACCCCUGGUUCUGAGGUGACAUCUAUCUAUGUCACUGCAGGCAGACCAGGAGCAGUACCAGCAUCAGCAUUAGAAGAACACCACCCAGUGGACAAAGGGUACACUUUACCAGAAGAAAGUACAGAACCACCGGCAGAGGCACUCUACAGCACUGUGCAGCAACCAGCGGUAGAAGAGCGCCACCUAGUGGACAAAGUGGGCUGUCCAAAAAGACUGAGGCCAGGACCACAUAGCCCUUCUGAUGCAGAUCCUACAUCAAUCUACAGCACAGCCAGCUAUAGCCCAGCGCCACCCAGUGGACAAAUGGACAAAUAUGGGAAUAAUGUCAACAAACCAGACAAACUACUUUACUAAACUACCCCUCCAUUCCCCUGAUGUUACAUUGACUAAGUCUUGACCCAUAGACUUAGAUACUGAAGAAAAACAGGGAAGUUACAAAGAGAAUUUAGAUAACUUAUUUUUUUAUAUUGUUUAUGUCUAAUUUUAACCAUAUUUAAAUUGGCAAUCUGUGAUUGCUACAUCGAUUUUGGAGACUUUUAAGUUAAUUAUAUAUAACUAUUGAUUCAUAUAACUUAUGCUUGUUUAAACUCCAUUGUUUGUAAACAAUGUAAUUCUAAACAGACACUGUAUAGCUUCAAAACAUAGUUACAAAUGUAAUUUUGAUGUCGUGAAUGGUCAGUCCAUAGCAUCCAUAGCCUCAUCUAUGAAUUUAAGUGGUUACAUUUCUCCAGCCCCAUCACUAAUGUUAACCUCAAAAAGGUGGCAGCAUGACGGUAUUCUUAGUAUUUGAACUGCAGAUGUCCCCUUUAAUGAUACAUCGUUUUGCAUAAUGUGUUAUUUUCUGUAUUUGAAAAUGAUAAAACAUGUUGAUGAAUACAGCAGCACUUUACAUGCUUUAAAAUAAAUGUUAUAUACAAAACA